AUGUCUAGAGUUAAAAGAAUUGCAAAGGAAUUGGAAGAAUGUCGUCAAGACACACAAAGUGGGGUUUCUCUCGAGCUCAACAAUGAAAAUGAUCUUACUCACUUGACUGGGUACUUCAAGGGCCCACCAGGUACCCCAUACGAGGGAGGGUUAUUUCAAGUGGACAUAAACAUCCCAAAUGAAUAUCCAUUCAAGCCACCUCAAAUGAAGUUCUUGACUAAGAUUUAUCACCCAAAUAUUUCAUCCGUUACUGGUGCAAUCUGUUUGGAUAUCUUGAAAGAUGCUUGGACCCCAAUUUUAACUUUGAAGAAUUCUUUAAUUUCUUUACAAUCUCUUUUACAAUCACCAGAACCAAACGACCCUCAAGACGCUGAAGUAGCGAAACAAUAUUUAUCCAAUAAGGAAGGAUUUGUGAGUACAGCCACUUACUGGACCAAGAUUUACGCUUACACUGAUUCUUCCAGUGCUGCUCCAGGGUCAGCGGGUGGUGCAGUUCCUGGGGCUGAUGCAGCCGUGUUUGGAAUUGAUAAUGAAGCUGUCAAUCAAUUUGAAAAUAUGGGAUUUCCUAGAGACAAAACUAUUCAAGUUUUGAACAGAAUGGGUGUUAAAACUUUAAAUGUAUCAAAUAGAAGUGAAUUGGAGAACAGAGUUUUAGAGGAAUUGUUACAAGAAUGUCAGUAG